AUGCGUGGAGAAUCGCGUCUCGUUAAAGACGGCGGAAUUCCCGCUGGCGUGCUCUUCUUCUUAGCGGAACCGAGCAAUCGACUCGGUGAGGCGACCGCCACUCCAGCGCCGGACACUCCCUCACUGAGCUUCCUUCCUUCCCUGCUUGCCUUCAAGCUCCCCCAAAUCAUCUCCGCCGUCGCGCCUUUAUUUGGACCCCAAGCCGGAGCUGCAGCUGAAGGUUAUAUCUUCAGCUUAAUCACCGGCGGCGUCUCCGAUCUGCUAUCCGUCCACUCGCGGCCGCCGCGGCCGCCGGGGCGGGUGCGGGCAAUACCGGCGGGGGGCGGCGAUGGUGGGGAGAGGAAGACGAUAAAUCCGGAGCUAUGGCACGCGUGUGCUGGGCCGCUGGUAACGCUUCCGCCGGUGGGGAGUCUCGUGGCUUACUUCCCGCAGGGACACAGCGAGCAGGUUGCAGCAUCCAUGCAAAAAGAUAUUGAUGCUCAUUUUCCAAACUAUCCAAACCUUCCCUCCAAGCUAAUUUGCCUUCUUCACAAUGUUACUCUGCAUGCAGAUACAGAAACAGAUGAAGUUUAUGCACAGAUGACCCUUCAGCCAGUAAAUUCAUACGAUGAGAAGGCAUUGCUGGCAUCAGACCUUGCAUUGAAAACGAACAAACUACAAACAGAAUUUUUCUGUAAAACACUAACUGCCAGUGAUACAAGCACACAUGGAGGGUUUUCGGUGCCCCGUCGUGCUGCAGAGAAGAUAUUUCCUUCUCUUGACUUCUCAAUGCAGCCGCCUGCUCAAGAACUGCAGGCAAGGGACUUGCAUGAUAGUGUUUGGAUCUUCAGACAUAUCUACCGAGGUCAACCAAAAAGACACUUGUUGACAACCGGUUGGAGCCUAUUUGUGAGUGGGAAGCGGCUUCUAGCUGGUGAUUCGGUCUUAUUUAUUAAGGAUGAGAAACAUCAGCUUCUUUUGGGAAUUAGGAGAGCUAAUAGACAACCCACUAAUAUAUCAUCUUCGGUUUUAUCGAGCGAUAGCAUGCACAUUGGAAUUCUUGCAGCUGCAGCUCAUGCUGCAGCAAACAGCAGCCCGUUUACAAUAUUUUAUAAUCCCAGGGCCAGUCCAUCAGAAUUUGUUAUUCCCUUAGCCAAGUACAACAAAGCAGUUUAUGGUCAUCAGCUCUCUCUAGGCAUGCGAUUUCGAAUGAUGUUUGAAACUGAAGAAUCAGGAACAAGAAGGUAUAUGGGUACAAUUACAGGUAUCAGCGAUCUGGAUCCUGUAAGGUGGAAAAACUCUCAGUGGCGCAAUUUGCAGGUAGGAUGGGAUGAAUCUGCGCCUGGGGAAAGACGCAACAGGGUGUCUAUAUGGGAGAUUGAACCUGUGGCAGCCCCUUUCUUCAUAUGCCCUCCACCAUUUUUCAGGACAAAACGUCCAAGGCAACCAGGAAUGGCAGAUGACGAGACAUCAGAGAUGGAGACUCUAUUUAAAAGGGCAAUGCCCUGGCUUGGUGAGGAGAUCUGCAUAAAGGACGCUCAGUCUCAAAAUACUAUAAUGCCUGGUCUGAGCUUAGCUCAGUGGAUGAGCAUGCAGCAGAAUUCUUUGCUGGGCAACUCAGGGAUUCAGCCUGAUUAUUUGCGCUCUCUGGCUCCUCCUAUGAUUCAGAGCCUCGGUGCGGCCGAUAUUUCGAGGCAGCUGGGUUUGCAGGCUCAGCUUUUACCGCAGAAUAAUAUGCAGUUUAAUGCUCCCAGGCUACCUCAACAAGCACAGCAGGUUGACACACUUCCAAAGAUACAGCCCCCAUUGAAUCAACUGAGUUCUGUUUUUCAGCCGCAUCAAGACAUUUCAAUGCAGCAGAGGCAGCAAUUCAUCAAUCAAUCUGUCUCCAUUGCUCAAGCCCAAACUCCACAACAGCAGCAACCAUCACUGUUGCAGAAUAAUCUCACUCAACCACAAGUUAUGGUGCAGAAUCAAAUCCCGCAGCAACAAUCACUGGUGCCGAAUCAACAUGUGAUACAGGCCAAUCUUGUAAAUAACCAUUCUCAGCAGCAUCAACAGCUUCUCAUGCAGCAGCAGCAGCAGCAAAUCCAACACCAAAAUCAGCAACAGCAGCAGCAGAUCCAACACCAAAAUCAGCAGCAGCAGCUGAACCGAAUGACGGUUCAGGUGCCUAAUCAAACAAAUCAGAUGCAUUUAUCUGAACAUCAGAUACAAUUGCAAAUAUUGCAAAAGCUCCAGCAGCAACAACAGCUGCAGCAACCUUCACUCUUGUCACAAACUUUGCUUCAACAAGCUCAACUACCCCAAAUCCAAGAUCAGCAAAUAACAAUUCUCGAAGCAGCAAUGCAUCCGUCAUAUUCAAAUCCAUCUUCUCACCUGCCACAGAGUAGUCCUCCACAAUGCGGUAAAGCUGCAGCCAUGAAUGUAAGAGUGCCGCAAUCCUCACCAUUGCUGCAGCAAAAGCUUCAACAGCAGCAAAUGCCUCUUGCUGAGCUGCCUAUGGGUGUUCUUCCAGUUCCAUCGACCAAUGUUCUUUCAACAGUUAACUUGUUAACAGCUGGAGGAACUCAUUCAAUGCUCACAGAUGAUGCCCCUUCUUGUUCCACAUCACCUUCCACAAACAACAGUUCAAUACUUCCUCAGCCUGUUAUUAGUAGGAUAUCUCACCACAGCAUGGUUACAACUGAAAAGUCUUUGCCUUCACCAGUAACAAUUCUAAAUCCCUGCUCUUUAGAAGCCCUUCCAGCACUUGCCAAAUUAGCUAAAGAUGUACCAAAGUUAGAACAAAAUGUGAAGCCAUCUGUGCCAAUCUCAAAGCUGCAAGGCCAGGGAGUUGCGCCGCAGGUUUAUUUGAACAAUGCUGCUCAGAUGGACUAUUUGGAUUCAUCUUCUUCAGCAACUUCCGCUUGUCUUUCACAAAAUGAUGGAUCUUUGCAGCAAAACCUUCCACUUUCUUCUUUCAAUCAACCGUCAUUGUUCAGAAGCACAUUACCAGAUAGUGAUGUACAAGGAACUGAUCUGAGGAAUAAUAAUACCCUUUUUGGAGUUAACAUAGAUGUCCCGUUGGGAGUUCCUCUAACUAAUGAUCCCUUACUUACAAAUAGUAUUGAUUCAGGAAAAUUCCAAAACCAAUUAACCGGGAAUGCGAUUACGAACUAUACUACCUCAAAAGAUGCACAGCAAGAGAUGUCAUCUUCAAUGGUUUCUCAGUCUUUUGGAGUUGCUGAUGUGGCUUUUAAUUCUAUUGAUUCAAGUUUAACAGAGAGCAGUCUGUUGAACAGAAAUUCAUGGGGACCAACUUCUCAGUUCCAAAGAAUGCGCACUUAUACCAAGGUUUACAAGCGUGGAGCUGUGGGUAGAUCUCUUGAUAUCACCAGAUACUCUGGAUACGAUGAAUUGAAACGUGAUUUAGCUAGAAUGUUCAGCAUUGAAGGACAGCUAGAGGACCGGCAGAGGAUUGGAUGGAAGCUAGUUUAUGUUGAUCAUGAGAAUGAUGUCCUGCUUGUGGGAGAUGAUCCUUGGGAGGAGUUCGUGAACUGUGUGCGAUACAUCAGGAUUCUCUCUCCACAAGAAGUUCAGCAGAUGAGUUUGGACGGCGAUCUCGGCAACGGCCUUCUACCAAAUCAAGCUUGCAGUAGUUCUGAUGGUGGGAAUGCCUGGAGGGGUCAGUGUGACCAAAAUUCAGGCAAUCCCUCCACCGGAUCAUAUGAUCAUUUGGAAUGACACUCAUCAGACGACUUUUCAAUAGCUAUUUUGAGAAUGAACUGAAGCUGGCAAUCCAGACCACCUCAUUCACCUUGUAAACUAGAAGAAGUAAAAGUAGGAAUUGAAUGCAGAGAAGAAGAA